AUGUGUCACUCCAGAGAGACUUUCAAAGAGCUGUUGCUGGCCGAUGCUUCGCCUUCAAUCCGCACCCUCAUCGAUCUCAACCCAGGGCUAGCGCGUAUUGACAGAUGCAUCGCCCAUUUCGUGCAAACCUCAUUAUCUCAGCCUCAAGUACCAGGUUCCUUCUCCGCGAUACAACUUAGCACGUCCACCAUUUGGAGCAUAUUGUUACUGACAUCGCAAGCUCUGACGGCAAAAUCUACGGGACCAGAGCAUACAGUGCAUGCAAUCGCCAGCGACCUGAACCUCCAGCUAAGCCUGCAGCUUCCCCUUCCAGCAGCCCAACAACGGAUCCCCACCUUACAACGUAUGGCAAUUGCUUCUAUCGGCUGGGUGUCCUUUCUUUUCAACUGGAAAAGCCCUGUUGUCUCAAAUAUUUGCACCAUCGAAGGCGGUCCUUCCUUAAAGCAGUCCAAUCCACACAUGGAGGAUUGCAUACGGUCUAUCAACAUGUUUAUCCGACCCUGGGGAUUAAUCCCACAGAUAUGUGAUAAAAGAGCCCUCAUAGAUAAUCUGCUCUAUUUGUCCAACUUGAACUUCCAUUCUCUAACCCACAUUGGUCGUCUCAACAUCAAAACUCUGCACAUGUUCCAAUAUCCCUCUAUAUGCCUUCUUGCACUUUCCAACGGCAACUAUCAGAAGAUCAUACAUCAGAUCCUCAAAGGCCUUUGUGAGCCUACAAAUUCGUUACAUCGAGAAGUCCUCUUAUCCCUCAGAUUCAUAUUUGGAGCCACUCGAAAAUCAAGAAACCUAGCCAAUAAAGUUGCAUUUCUUGGCCAGCCAUGGCAAGAUCACGAUGCGGCCUUCGAUGAUCUCUUCCAGGGAAAGUUUGACCAUAUUCUACUUCAAUCACCACCAGGUUCAUCAAGAACGCUAAACGGCCAAGACUUUCUGACGCCCUGGAAUGGUUUCCCAUUGCUGGGAGAACGACUUCUCCAGAUUCAGAACUACAACAAAGAACAACACCCAACAAGCACUCGAGCGAUGAUUAGAGAUAAACGAAAUCCAGCACAGUGGUAUAUUUUAUGGGCUGUGUUGCUCAUAGGGAGUUUGAGUUUGAUAUUAUCAAUACUGCAACUGGGUGUAGGCAUUGCCCAACUUGUUACCUCAUCAUAG